AUGUCUGGGGCAUCAGGCAGCGUGUCUGGUUCGAGUGGAUCGAGUAGUAGUCGUCCAAAAAGAAUUGUGGGUGUUCCUAAGAAAUGUUGGUGUGGUGAACAGAUUGUGGCUUUGAUUUCAAAAUCCGACAACAAUCCGUAUCGGCGAUACUUCAGGUGUGCGUAUGCUGCAUCAAAGAAGAUUGUGAAUGAUAAUCACAACUUCAAAUGGGUUGAUGAGGCUCUGUUAGAUGAGAUUGAGAAACUGCAAAACAAGAAUUCAAGCCUUGAGCAAGAGAUAAAGGAAUCGGCAACAGAUAAAUUGGGUUUGGAGAAGAUGAUUUAUGAAAAAGUUCAAAGGAAGCUUGAGAAGGAAAUAUUUGACAGGGUUGAAGAUGUGUUGGCUGAAGCAAAGUGUGGUAUGAGGAAAAUGAUGAUGCUAGUCGUAGUUGGAUUUCUGCUCAUGUUAGGGAUAAUCGGAUUAGUUGGAUGA